CAACGGCACGCUUCCACCAGUCAAGAGUCGGGCGACUUGUCUGACUGUCUCAGGUGAGCGGGUGGUGACGUCAUCCAGCCGCUCAGCAACUCCAACGAAAUCUCGGUUAUGGAUAAACUCAAGUCGGUUUUAAGCGGCGAGGAGUCGCGCAGAGAAGAUCGGACGAUUCUGGAGAGUGUGAACGAGGCAUCCACGCUGGGCUGGGGGACGCGCGUGAAAGGGUUCAUCGCGUGUUUUGUGAUCGGAGGAGCGUGCGCCAUUCUCGGGGUAUGUUUACUUUUCCUCCCCAGGAUCGGCCUCAUCCUCUUCAUCGUCUUUUAUACUUUUGGCAACAUUUGUGCCCUGUGCAGCACCAUGUUCCUGAUGGGCCCCGUGAAGCAGCUGAAGAGGAUGUGUGACAAGACCAGAGCGCUGGCCACCACCAUCAUGAUUACUUGCCUAGUGUUGACGCUGUGCGCCGCUUUCUGGUGGAAAAACUUUGGUCUGGCGUUGUUUUUUGUCAUCCUGCAAGUGUUGUCAUUCACCUGGUACAGCCUUUCUUACAUCCCGUUUGUCAGGGACGCCAUCUUGAGGUUGGUGGCCAUGUGCAUGAAAUGAGGACUGUUUCAUCAGUAUUUUUUCUUUUUUUUGAAAGGGGCAGGUUUCCCCAACCUCCCAUAUUUUAUUUUUAACAAGUUAGUGGGGUGCAUGUCCAUGAUGUAUAUUUUGUUAGGCCUCAUUUUGUCAGAUGUUCAAACAAAACUAUGCUUUAGCGGUACAAAACCUGUUGGAUUUUGAUGUAUGUAUAGUCCAUUUUAAAUUAAAAUGUUUGUUACAUGUUACUGCUACUGCAAAUUGUUACAACUUGUUGUUUCCAAAAAUAAAAAUUAAGAAAAUGAAAA